AGAACAGCUGACGUCUUGAAAUUUGGGCUGAUUCUUAUUUCCGUGUGCGAACUUUGCCUGCCGAACUUUGUAUUUGCAGGCUUAGAUCAAGGAUAAACAGAAUUGUUAAAACACUGAACUUAACUAAGUAGUGGUUUUUGUUGACAAGUCAAUUGUGUUAUUAAUUCUUAAUGUCUCACCCAAGGCAGGAAUCGUUAUCUCAGUUUUGCAGGUGGAAAAAAAGUUGGGCACACAAAAAAGCAUUUCUCUUAAAUUCACACAGAAGCAACGGCUGAGCUGCAAAUUAAGUCCUAGCUUCUGCCUUCUCGUCCCCCUCUAGACCCUGUUACAAAACAAAUGAGUAGUUACUUUGAUGUUACUCAUAAAACAAAAGGAGUAAACCAAACGUUCUGUGAACAUGAAGUGUUAAAUCAUAAUAACCUUCGAUGUCUUUACUACUUUGGGAGGCUCAGCUGCCCUUUGGAGUCUGAGACUUUACUGAGAUGAUGGGGUGGAGCCAAGAUAUGGGAAAGAAUGUCAAAGGAAAACAUUUUUUUCUCCUGAGUCCAAACCGUGUCCAUCUUACCGCCGCCCCUCUGGGUUGAUGUCAUUGUCUUCAGCCUGCUCCUUAUUCUGGCAAAGGAUGCACCUUGCAGAUUGGUAUCCCAAGAAAAUAAAAUGGCAUCCGGGGAUUUCUGCUCACCUGGAGAAGGGAUGGAAGUGCUUCAACAAGUGUGCAGCCAGCAGCUUCCUCCUUGUAACCUGAGUGAAGAGGAUCUGUCAGAGAACCCACACUUCAGCAAACUGCUGCUGGCUCUCUCCCAGCAUGUGGAUGGGAGUGGCUUAAGCCUCACCCUGGCAAAGGAGCAGGCUCAGGCAUGGAAGGAGGUUCGACUACAUAAAACAACAUGGUUGAGGUCUGAGGUUUUACAGAGAGCCAUUCAAGAGCUGCUUGUGGACUACUACGUAAAGACACAAGACACAAAUUUAACUCCUGAGGACAAAAAGUUUCAUGAUACCCUUGAACAACGGCUACUUGUGACUGAACUGACACGGCUCCUAGGUCCUAGCCAGGAGACGGAGAUGCCUCCACUGCUAGGGCUGGAGAAAGCAGACCUUCUGGAGCUCAUGCCACCCUCAGAGGAUUUUGUGUGGAUGAGAGCUCGGCUCCAGCUAGAAGUGGAGGAGCAGCUCAAGAGGAAAUGUUUCGCUCUGCUUUGCUACCACGAUCCCAGUUCACAUGCCGACAGCGAAACUCUCAAGGCAGCAAAGGUGUGGAAACUGGCAGAGGUCCUGGUGGGUGAGAAGCAGCAGUGCCAGGCUGCCAGAAACCAGCAGAAGGAGCAGAUGGUGCUGCUGGAGAAGAAAAGUGCCACCUACUCCCAGGUGCUUCUCCGCUGCCUUGCCUUGCUGCAGAGGCUUCUUCAGGAGCACCGGCUGAAGACUCAGUCUGAACUAGACCGCAUCAAUGCCCAGUACCUGGAGAUCAAGUGCAGUGCCAUGAUCCUUAAGCUGAGGAUGGAGGAGCUCAAGAUUUUGUCUGACACUUACACGGCUGAGAAAGUGGAAGUUCAUCGUCUCAUUAGGGACCGUUUGGAGGGAGCCAUUCGCCUACAAGAGCAGGACAUGGAGAAGUCGCAACAGGCCCUGAACACCUACGAGGUCCUUGGGGAGGAGUUUGACAGGCUGGUAAAAGAGUACACACAGCUCAAGCAGGCAGCUGAGAACAAGCGCUGGGCCCUCCAGGAAUUUAACAAGGCCUACCACUGAGUGCUGCCAGCGGGGAAGCAGGGCUUCUCACAGCCACUGCCGAGAGAACUGCCUCUGCCGGGGACCAUUCACUGCAGGCAUGCCGGGACACUUGCCUCAACACUGCAUUGCUUAGGCACCCUCCUGGUUUCUCUUCCUUGUUUACAGUGACUGGACCACUUCUGGGAAAUGUAGCAAGCAGAUUUAUAUAAUUUUAUGCAUAGUAAUUUGUUAGUGUCAGUCCUGUAUUGUAUUUGAUUAUCUCCUAAAUAAAGUAACGUUAUUAUGUUUGAAAAA